GAAUAUUGACGUAUCUGUCACGGUACUGCUUGAUAAUCUUCUCACAAUUAAUUCCGACCAGGAUUAUGCCAAGAUGGAUUAAUAAAACAUCGAUUUUCUAUAUAAAUAGUUUUACACUUCCUUUAUUGCGAUAAUUGUUAACUAAGUCUUACGAAACUAAAACCAUGUUCACGGUACUAUUUUCAUGUAUUUUUGUUAUUGCUGCACGCGGCAAUUCUCUACCCACGGAGGGAUCCGACGUUCGUUGGACCCCAGAUCCAGAUUGUCCGUUUCCGGCACCUGAGGGCAUUAUAUAUCUUCCAGUACCAGGGGACUGUUCUAAGUUUAUAGAGUGUGUUGACGGUUUUAAGUACGAAUACCAAUGCACUGAUGGGUUAUGGUGGCACCCAGCAGCCGAAACCUGUGACUAUCCAGGAGAUUACUGCGUACAUUCACCCACCAACCCAGAACCAACACCUACACCUACAGAGGCGCCGAGAACAACAACGACGACACCCGAAAGGACAACCCCUACGACAACUGAACCAAUAAUGUGUGAAACUACCAUAACAACAACACCUAAACCGUCCACCUCGACAACAACUAGUACCCCUGUACCCCACACCACGACGGAGCACACCUCUACGGUACUAACCACCACUCUCAAACCCGGACAUGGAUCCGACCCCAGAUGUAUAAACGAAUCGAUGAACUACUGGUCACACCCCGUUCACUGUCACAUGUAUGUGGAAUGCUACCAAGGCGACUCCUACGAAAUGGUUUGUCCACAAGGACUGUACUUCUCGGAGGAGCACAAAAGGUGCGUUAACUCCGACGAAUCAGAAUGUUGCACCAGCAGUACCAAGUGCUAGUAAUUCCACUCAAGAAACAACUAUGGGACCUCUUCUAUAUUUUUAUACAUAAGUGUCUACUAUUGAUGUAAUACUAUAUAAUAUACUUAGUGUUAAUGUG